AUGAACGUCGACCUGGGCCUCAACAUCUUCCAGGUGGUACAAAAUGAGCUUCUGUCACGAGAAGGCACCCGCUCCACGCUCGGACUUGGCUUUCGCCUCGCCGUACUCGAGGAGAGACUGAAGAACCACGAAGCGAAAUCUAAAAACUCGCUCGUCUGGCGACCACAUCACGCCAUAGCACCAAUCUCCUCCCUGACCCCCGAAUCGAAACGGCUGGUCGACGCCGAACGUAAACGACUCCUGGGAAGAAAAGGAGCGAAGGCCAUCGACGACAAAGACCCGACCAUGCUCCCCCGCCACGAGGAGUCGUGGGAGGUUCAUCCUGAUUUUCCGAGGACCGUCUUGGAAUUCAAACAACUUCAGUUUCAUCCUGAUACGGUUCGGAGCCUACUCGAGUUUUACUACGUCAGAGUUUAUCGUUCAGACAUGAGACCCGUCAUGAUAGAUACCGAUCACUCGACAGACGUUAGAUAUAACCUGGAAACUUGUCUCGAAGAACUCGCAAUGACAUGGGGUUUGAACUGGUUGCGUAUCGGUGGUCUGGCGCUUCCUGGACCAUCGAGACUCGACGGUGUACCGUGAUCAAGACUAUUGUACCAAAUCUUGAUAAUACUGCGAGUGUCUUUGCCUCGACGAGGACUCUACGGUAAUC